AUGAAUGGUAAAAUUUGACAGUUCAUCAGCUUUGUGUGACUUGUAUUUUUUCUGUUUUGUUUUAAAUUUACCAAAAUAGUACACAGUGUGGUACGUGGGUUCAUGAUAAAGUUAAAAUUUGGGGCAACGAAACCUAGAGAGGAAACGUGCAUUUUAACAAAUAACGUUUUCAGUUCACUGACUGAUAAGCUCAGUUACCAUGUCUGAAAUAUUUGAGUCAGUUAAGGAGGAACUGAAAGAAAUUGAAAAUGAACUGGAAACAAAUACAGAGAGUUGCAGUAUGUAUGACAGCAGUAAGCCAUCACUGAUGGACAUGCCAGUUGAGAUAAUUUUGAAAAUAUGCUCAUGCCUGGAUGCUCAUUUCUUAAAAUAUACAUUGAGUAAAGUAUGUCAGCGAUUUGAGGACAUUCUAGCAGAUGAUCACUUAUGGAAGUACUGGGUGCAUAGUAAAACAAAUGGUUGUUUCCCGACAUUGCCACUAUUGAAGAUAUGGGAUGAAACACAAAUAGACUGGGAAGCAGUUUGUGUCGAAAUGGAUGUGGAGAUGAAGAAAUGGACUAAUGUUAAAGAGACAACAAGACACAUAGUUGUGAAGGAUGUUCAUUUUGCUUCUGUGGAUACUGUUCUACUAGUUAAUAAUGGAGAAAUUUGUAUAUCAGGUGGUAGGGACAGAGGAAUGGCGUUAUGGAAUGUCCUGGAAAUUAGCCCUCAUGAUGAGAGUGACAAUGUCACCACCUUUACAGACGCCAAACCAAAGCAAAUCAGGCAUGAUGCUCAUGCUGGCUGGGUCUGGGACCUGGCUGCAGAUAAUAUAAAUUCUGCUUCAACUAUAUACUCUGCUUCAUGGGAUAACACUGUGAAAGCAUGGGAUCUUGAAGCUGGAUUUGAAUGCAAACAAUCAUUCCGGUGUGGCAUGUCAGCAUUAUCCGUUGCUACUGUUGGUAAUGAAGUAAUUGCAGGAUUAUACUCCAAGAAAAUUCUGUCAUUCGACUUGCGUGCUGGUCCUAGUCCAACCUAUGCUUACAAACCACACAAGGGUCCUGUUUUGGCUCUCCAAACAUUCAAUAAUAUGAUUGCAUCAUUAAGUGAAGAUAAGACUAUGGCUGUGUGGGACAGAGUUGCUGGUAAACUCUUAUUGAGUGAUGUGAAAAUACCUACUGAUAAAGCUUAUCCAGUGUGUAUUAGUUGGAGCCCAUCUGCCUUGUACGUUGGAGAUUCCAAAGGCUGCUUGCAUCUUUUUAACCCUGAAGAUCACACAUAUAUAAGAACACAUGAAAUAUGGCCUGAGCCUCCCAUAAUUAAGCCGUCUAGUAAGAUAACAGGCUGCUAUCAGAGUUCUGGCAAUAUGAUUGUGUGUUCAGACAGAGGAGAAAUCAAAUUCAUGUAUAACUGCUAUCCACCACUAGAGUACACAAAUGUGAAGAGUAGUACAUUUGAUGUGACCCAGUUACGAUACUUGAAUGGUGUAUUAGUGGUUGGCACAUGUGACUCAGCACUGGAGUUCUGGGUACCGAAAGAAAGGUACACACCACAUUGAUCUUGAAACAAUGCUACAGGAAGGUAGUUUGUAAUCUUGAAGUAUUCGCCCUUACCCUAUGUGAAGAUUAUGCCGAAAUUAUUACUAUUGCCUAUGUUUAUUUUAAACAUUAGAUCGACAUGACAAUUUAAGUUUAUACUAACACAAGUAAAUAAUUUCAUUAUGCCUAUUUCUUUAAUAAUAGGCUCUGAUAAUUCUUACAAUUGGACUAUAUAAUAUUUUAUAUUACAUUCAGCAAUCCUUACUGUGAUAAAAUGUCUCAAUAAUAAUUUAAUAGAAUAAUAACUAUAAUAUCACAUUUUAUGCUUAAAAAAUAAAUAGCUGCUGAAACAUGAAAAAACAUUGGAACAAUCUCUACAAUUUUCAGCUAAAGACGCGUGAGCUAGGUAUUGUAUAAAUUAAAUAAAUAUAUUUUCGCACUGCAAUCGGCCUAAUAACGAAGCACUCGUUGACUGCAGGCUCACAAUAAUUCCAAGUCCAUGACAAACAUGCAAAUUAUAUAUGUCCUUCAAAUCGGCUUGUAGAGAUAGAAAAUACCCACAUUUUGUACGGAGACUAGAGCUUAUCUAGUAGCCAAAUGUAGCACCAUGCGGGUUAUUGAGACUGAGACUGGUUGGUCGUUUAAUGGCAAUCUAAUGUGUGCUAAAUUAUAUUAUUAUAUAUAAACUUGCUUUAUUACAACCAAGUCAUCAAAUAAAGUAGUCUGAAACUACUAACGAAUUUUAAAAUCUCUUGACUGACUAGCCAAAGUCAUGAAUCGCUUAUUUAUUAACCUUCUUAUUUUAUUAGUUAUAUAAAAGUUUUAAUUUAAAUAAUCCUCGUUCCUUGUACCCUUAUUAUGGAUGUUUUGUGUUUGUAUAAAUUAACACUAUUAUACAGUAAAAAAAUCAAUUAAUUUAUCAACACAAGCUAUUUGAUAACAUCUACGAUUUUGCCCUUAUUGUCUCAAAUUGUAAUUCCAAAAUGCAUUUAUUUUAAACUAUGUAUUAUUCAUCAUACAAAAAAUAAUUUUGAGGGUAAGAUUUCUUAUUUACUUUACAGAAUUUUGUUAGGGACAAUCCUAUAAGUAUUAACGAAGUAAUAAUAUAUUAAUAAUUUAAGACAUAAUAACAAAAUGAAAUUAACAGGUUGUACCUUUAGGUUGUACCAUUCUUUUUUAUAGCCAUUCCUUACAAAGUUUAGUAUUAAAACUCAUUUAGAGUUGUAAUGCCUAGAAUACUAACUAUAAUUUGUUAAUCAGUUUCUUUUCUCACAGGUGAAAUAAAACGUCUCUUGCACAAGAAGUGAUUCCUUAUAUUGGUCUGAUAUUUUGUACCAUACAUGUUGAAUUAUUU